AUAAGGUUGCAGUUGAAAAGCAGGAUAUUAUACUAGAACAGUAAUUAACAGUGAUGGUGUCGAUAAUAGUGUAAAUAAAAACUGAAGAAACGCCUAAGUUACAGAAGCAGUAGUACUUAACAGUGUGGGAAGUUCAUCCGCCUUGCUUUGAUACUGUCGGUCUGUAUUUCGUGUGUUUACUUCAUCCCGUUCGUGCGAAACAGCUGAAUGAGUUCCGUCGGAAGAGCGAUCCUAACCUGCCAAGCACGCGAGAAGACCAACGGAGAGAUGGCAAAGGCGAGUGCCACGCCGAGGGUACCAGCUCGCCGGCGAGCCAACGCCGUGAGGCCCCUCCCGAACGGGCCCCACCGCUUCCUCCGCCUGCUCGCCACCAUCCGAAAAAUCACCCGCCGCCGCCGCAGGGGCCUCGCCGCAGUCUCCCCGUCCUCGCCGCCGCCGCUCCCGGCCUCCGACAGGCGGCAAUGCGCGACCCGACCCCCAGCCCCUCCGUCGCCGCCGCCCCGCGAGGCCGAGACGCCGCAGGAGGCGAAGCGCCCGGAGGAGGAGGAGGAGGAGCACGCCGCUGAUGCCGCCGCGGAGGCCGUCGCGGGCAAGUACUGGGCCCACCGCCACAGCCUCUUCUCCCUGUACGACCGCGGCGUGCGGAUGGACGCCGAGGGCUGGUACUCCGCCACCCCGGAGGCCAUCGCCGCCGCGCAGGCCGCCCGCGCCGCGCCCGCCGGCCUCGUCCUCGACGCCUUCGCCGGGGUCGGCGGCAACUCCAUCCAGUUCGCCGCCAGGGGCUGCUACGUUGUCGCGGUGGAGAUCGAUCCCCAUAAGGUGGAGCUGGCGAGGCACAACGCCAGGAUCUACGGCGUGGAGCAUAUGAUCGACUUUGUCGUCGGCGAUUUCUUCCACCUCGCGCCUUACUUGAAGGCAGAUUUGGUGUUCCUUUCACCACCAUGGGGAGGGCCAUCAUAUAAUCAAACACCAGUGUACACCCUCGAUAUGCUGAAGCCAAAGGACGGGCAUGCAAUAUUUCAAGCUGCUCAGAAAAUAGCUCCUAAUAUCAUCAUGUUCUUGCCACGGAAUGUGGACAUAAGCCAAGUAGAGGAACUUUCGUGGUUGUCUUCUCCUCCCCUAGAUUUUGAGAGUGAAGAGAGCUACGUACAGCACAGAUUCAAAGGAAUUACUGCUUACUUUGGAGAUGUGGCACGAUGAUCCAGUUCAUUAUCGAAGUUGAGAGCAAGGAUCCAGUGAGGCGAAGUUCUUCCUAAGCUACUUAUGUUUUUU